UAUCUUGCUUGCUGCAAGUCCUCCCUCUGCUGAGACAUGCACUCCGGUGCCGCGUUCCUUUAUUUUUUUUUCUCUCUGUCUUUUUCAUGUUUUCUUCCUGUUGUUUUUCUUCUUAAAUGUGUAAAGUGAAGAGUUCCUCUUCCCCCCUCUCCCUUUCCACUGCACAGAACAACCUCCCGUUGAUUACACGCUGGAACUGUUGCUACUUUGCCAGAGGGGAGAGUGAACCUGUGCCUGCAUGCGUGUAUGUGUAAAAUAGACAGAAAAAUGUCAAUGAACAGCAGGAAAAGUUCUGGGAGACCGUCCUACUACUAUCGUCUGCUCCGGAGGUCACGACUUCAGAGACAGCGAAGCAGAUCCCGGAGCCGGAACAGGCCGCUUAGUAGGGAGUCUCCCCCCGAGAGGUGUGGGCAGAGGCGCACGAUGCCCAGCGGGGUGGCGGAGCGGAACCCCACCAUGGAGCCUGCAGCCACAACGCCGUUCCGCGUCACGGGGUUCCUCAGCCGCCGGCUUAAAGGCUCCAUCAAAAGGACAAAGAGCCAACCGAAGCUCGAUAGGAACAGCAGCUUCCGGCACAUCUUACCUGGCUUCAGGAGCGUGGACAAUGAGAGAUCCCAUCUAAUGCCGAGGCUGAAAGAAUCGCGCUCCCACGAGUCUCUGCUCAGUCCCAGUAGUGCUGUUGAGGCUUUGGAUCUCAGCAUGGAGGAAGAAGUGGUCAUCAAGCCUGUCCACAGCAGCAUCCUGGGACAAGACUACUGCUUUGAGGUGACGACUUCAUCAGGAAGUAAGUGCUUCUCGUGUCGUUCUGCAGCAGAGCGAGAUAAAUGGAUGGAAAACCUGCGGCGUGCCGUGCACCCAAAUAAGGACAACAGCAGAAGAGUGGAGAAUAUGUUAAAGUUAUGGAUUAUCGAAGCCAAGGACCUGCCAGCUAAGAAAAAGUACUUGUGUGAAUUAUGCCUGGAUGAUGUUCUUUAUGCACGAACUACCUGUAAAUUGAAAACUGAUAAUGUCUUCUGGGGGGAGCACUUUGAAUUUAAUAACCUCCCAUCGCUCAAAAACAUUACGGUGCACUUAUACAAAGAGACUGACAAGAAGAAGAAGAAGGACAAGACCAAUUUCAUCGGACAGGUGAACAUCCCUGUCAGCUCUGUCACGGGACGGCAGUUUGUGGAGAAGUGGUACCCUGUGGUCAGCCCCAACCCUGGGAAGGGCAAAUCCCCAGGGCCCAUGAUCCGCAUUAAGUCGCGCUACCAGAGCAUGAGCAUUCUUCCCAUGGAGAUGUACAAGGAAUUCGCCGAGUACAUCACUAACAACUACAUGGUGCUGUGCUCAGUGCUGGAGCCUUCGCUGAGUGUGAAGAACAAAGAGGAGAUGGCGUCUGCGCUGGUGCACAUCCUGCAGAGCACAGGCAAGGCCAAGGAUUUCUUGACUGACCUGAUGAUGUCUGAAGUUGAUCGCUGUGGUGAGAAUGAGCAUCUCAUUUUCAGGGAGAACACACUGGCCACCAAAGCAAUCGAGGAAUACCUGAAGUUGGUGGGACAGAAAUACUUGCAAGAUGCCUUAGGGGAAUUUAUCAAGGCUCUUUAUGAAUCAGACGAAAACUGCGAGGUGGAUCCCAGUAAGUGUUCAUCCUCAGACCUCCCUGAACAUCAGAGCAACCUGAAGAUGUGCUGCGAGCUGGCCUUCUGCAAAAUCAUCAACUCCUACUGUGUCUUCCCAAGGGAGCUCAAAGAAGUUUUUGCCUCGUGGAGACAGGAGUGCAGCAACCGUGGCCGCCCAGACAUCAGCGAGCGACUGAUCAGUGCCUCCCUGUUCCUCCGCUUCCUCUGCCCAGCUAUCAUGUCCCCUUCCCUCUUCAGUCUCCUGCAGGAGUACCCGGACGACCGCACUGCACGCACUUUGACCCUCAUUGCCAAGGUCACCCAGAACCUGGCCAACUUUGCCAAGUUUGGCAGCAAAGAGGAAUAUAUGUCUUUUAUGAAUCAGUUUCUGGAGCAUGAGUGGACCAACAUGCAGAGAUUCCUACUGGAGAUUUCCAAUCCAGAAACCAUCUCAAACACAGCUGGCUUUGAAGGCUAUAUUGACCUGGGCCGGGAAUUGUCUACUUUGCACUCGCUGCUCUGGGAAGUCAUUUCUCAGCUGGAGCAGAGCACUGCAACAAAACUUGGCCCUCUGCCGCGGAUCCUGAGGGACGUCAACUCGGCGCUCAGUAACCCGGCCUGCGUGCAGGUCUCAGUCACAGCUGAUCACACUGCAUCCACACCCAGUGCUGGGAACAGCAUCUCUGCAGGGCUGCAGAAAAUGGUGAUAGAGAAUGACUUAUCUGGUCUGAUAGAUUUCACACGGUUACCAUCUCCAACCCCCGAAAACAAGGACUUGUUUUUUGUCACAAGGUCUGCUGGGGCCCAGCCCUCGCCUGCCCGAAGCUCCAGUUACUCAGAGGCCAAUGAGCCCGACGUGCAGAUGUCAAAUGGCAGCAAGAGUUUGUCCAUGGUGGACUUGCAGGACAAUCGGCUCUUGGACAGCGGGGCCAACGCGCCCGGCGCUGCCGACUCCCUCAACGACAGUCAGUCGUCCCUGGGGCAGUUGCAGGGCGUGUGGAGCGCUCGGACUCAGCAGAGCAGCAUGGCGGGUAUGGCCACGGUGCGCCGCGUGGGCCAGACGCCCACCACGCCGAGCGGUGAGAGCGCGCCCGGCCGGCCCCAGCUGCUGGCCCCGCUCUCCUUCCAGAACCCCGUGUACCAGAUGGCCGCCGGGCUGCCGCUCUCGCCCCGCGGCCUGGGCGACUCCGGCUCCGAGUGCCACAGCUCGCUCAGCUCCCACAGCAACAGCGAGGAGCUGACGGCCAACAAACACGGCUUCGCCGGCCCCGCCGCCAGCGAGGACUUCAGCCGCCGGACGGGAGAACUGGCCCGGCGGCAGCUCUCACUUUCAGAGAAGGGCGGGCAGCCCACCAUGCCAAGGCAGAACAGCGCGGGACCGCAGCGGCGGAUAGACCAGCCGCCGCCACCGCCGCCUCCGCCCGUCACCCGGGGCAGGACGCCGCCCUCGCUGCUGAACACGGUGCAGUACCAGCGGCCUUCCAGCGGCAGCAUGAUGUCCUCCUCGCCCGACUGGCCCGGCAGCGGGGCCCGUCUCCGGCAGCAGUCCUCCUCCUCCAAGGGCGACAGCCCCGAGAUGAAGCAGCGCACCAUGCACAAACAGGCCCCUUCUCCUGUGAACCCCAGUGCCCUGGACCGCACUGCUGCUUGGCUUUUGAAUAUGAACAUGCAGUUUUUAGAAGAUGAAAGCAUUGACCCAGAUUCCAAGCACAGGGAUAAGCUCAGGAAUAAGGACGAGCUCAGCCAAGCAGAAAAGUACCAGCAGGACCUGGUGGUGCUGCAGGACAAGUUGCGCAUCUCCAACAAGAAGCUGGAGGAGUACGAGACACGCUUCAAAUGCCAGGAGGAGACGACGCAGAAACUGAUGCUGGAGUACCAGGCCAGGCUGGAGGAGAGUGAGGAGCGGCUGCGGAGACAGCAGGAGGAUAAGGAGAUCCAGAUGAAGGGCAUCAUCAGCAGGUUGAUGUCAGUUGAGGAGGAGCUGAAAAAAGACCAUGCAGAAAUGCAGGCUGCCGUGGACUCCAAGCAGAAGAUCAUUGAUGCACAGGAGAAACGCAUUGCUUCAUUGGAUGCUGCCAACGCACGGUUAAUGAGUGCCCUUACUCAGCUGAAAGAGAGGUACAGCAUGCAGACGCGUAAUGGGAUCUCCCCCACAAACCCAACUAAAUUGCAGAUUACAGAGAAUGGAGAAUUCAGAAACAGCAGUAAUUGUUAACCCGCGGAGGG